AUGGAUCACUUAUCUUAAAGACAAUUACUUUAAUUAUUAUAUGAAAAGGAUUGUUAUAUUUAAACACUUGAAUUGUAAUUAGAAUCUAGUAGACAAGAGAUUUAAUUGUUGAAAAGGCAAAAAUAAUAAAUAUUUAUUUAAGAUGAGUCAUCAGAUGAAGAUUGUAAUGUUGAUGAGAAUUCAGAACCUGCAAUUAGUGAUAGUAGAGUGGAAUAAUUUUAAAGUUCAGGUUAAAAGAUUAAAUUAAAAGCUCCUUUAUCAGAUAACCAUAAUUUUAAUAUCUCUUAAUAAUUUAGAUAAUCUACUUAAUAAUAUGUAUAGGAUUAAUUUGAUAUUAAAAAUGUUACUACUUCUAAUAUAAAGAAUAAUAAUGAUUAAUUGUUUGAUGAUUUAUUUAUUUUAGGAUUAGAAUCAUAAUAAUCAAAUGAACCAUAAAUGAUUUAUUCAUACCAUUAAGCUAGUAAACAUUUAUCAUUAGAAAAUCAAUAAUAUAUACUAUCAAUUUCUAAAUUCAUAUUCCCAGAUGGAUGUAAACCUAAAAUGAUUCCAUUAUCUUUUAGUUUGGAAGAUAUAAAUUUAAUGAUGAAUCAAAAUUAUUCAAUUGAUUCUCCUAAUUGUUUUGUUAUUCUAACUAAAUAAACAGAGAAAUAAUAAUUAAAAUAUCAUAUUUGUUAUCGUUAUACUGAUUUUACAAUUUUAAGUCCAUAAUAGGUCAGAUUUAGCAAAAGAGCAAUUUGUAUUACAACCAGUAAAUCUUUAAUUGACUUUUAUUAACAAAUUAUAAUUGUAAUAUUAUCUUAGUUAAAAUCAAUGAGAAAUAAUUUAUAUUUAAAAACAAAUAAUAUUUCUUUAGUAGACACACAUUAUUUUGAUAAAAAUAUUGCAUAAAUAUGUUUGAGAAUUUUAUCAUAGUUUUCAUAGAAAAAUUGUCCUAAUUUCAUUACAAUUAAUAAUUAAGAAUUAAAAAUAUGUGAAAAUGAUAAUAUUUAAUGGGUAUUGAUAUUUGAAAUAUUAGGGAAUACCAUAAUUAUUUAAUAAAUUUAAUUCUUAAAGUUUGAUUAAAAUAUUUGUAAGUUGUUUAAUUGAAAAAUCAAUAGUUUUUGUUAGUAAAUCACCUUAUUUAUCAACAGCAGCUUGUUUAUUAUGCUAAAAAUAUUUACUUAAACCAUUUGCAUGGAUUCAUCCUAUUAUUAGUAAUUUACCAUUAGAAAACAUUGUUUAUUUAGGAAGUCCUGUACCAAUUAUUGCUGGCUUAGAAUGUGUACAUAUUUUUGUUAAAAAUAGAAUUUUUCUACUCUUUAGAAUCAAGGAAUUAUUAAUAAAUUUUACAAUACUAUUUUUAUUAAUUUGGAUAGUAAAUAAUAAAUAUAAUUUGGAAACACUGAUGCAAUUCCAUUAUUAUCAGCAGAAUUAAUGACUUAUCUAUUAGGAAGAUUAGAUUCUUAUUUUAAAAAAGUAUAAUAAAAUCAUAACAAUUACAGUUAAUGUCUAUAAAUUUUUAAUUAGUUGUUUCAUGCUAGAAUAAUAAGAAAUAUUCCAAUAGAACCAAUUAGAUAAAAUAAUUAUUAGAAAUAGAAAAUAUUUAAUAAAGCAUUAUUAGAUUAUGAUAAAAUAGCCUAAAAAACAUUAUAAAAUAUGGGUACUCUCAAUGCUGAUAAAGUUAUAUGGAAAUAAUUUUUUUAAACUCAAAUUUUUAUUUAAUUUAUUGAUUAAUAUUAUAAUUGA